AUGCAUUCAAGGUUGAGGCUCGGAGCCAAUGAGUUGAGCGAGAGACAUCGAAACAACAUCAGGGAGCUCGUCGAUGAAUUACAAAUCAACUGCCGAGAAUACGCGAAACUCGACGGGAGAGGGAACUCAGAUCGCCGAAAAACCGCCCUAAGGUACUCUCGUCUUUUUCAAAAAGCUAUUGACGGUUACGUCACAACGACUCAAUUGACGAAGCCAACAUCAGACUACUUAGAUGCUCUCGAGCGAUUGCAAGAAAACAUCGUGGAGGUUCUUAGGUUUCAACAUCGAAAGCAGUGUGCAAUCCGUAAUGCGGAACCCAGUCCGUGCGAAUGCUUCGCUCGAGAGAAGAAGAAAAAAGAAGUCUUGGCAUUAAUCGAAGAGGUCGCCGAGCGCCAAAAUCUGAGGAGGUGUCAGCACACUCAAACAGAAGCAGACAUUGCUGCCAAGGAGGGUCAAACUCAUCUUGAAACAGCAGAAGAAGGAGUGCAAUUCGCAUUUGUUGAGCAGAAGUCAGUCGGAGUAGGGGAUUCUAUCCUCAUCGGCGAUUUGCCCCAUUUAACAUCGUUGAGCAACUCCACUGAUCCGUCAUCAUCAGCGGAGCUUUCUUUGGGCAAUCUCCUCCUACAAUUCCGGAAAGUCAUGCGGGAUGAAGUUGCAACGACGACGGAACAAACAGAACCUCGACCGAAAUCUGCCCGCAUCCGUUUUGAAAAAUUGCAUAGAAUGCUCGAUGAAUCAGGUCUGUCGGGAGCAUCGGAUCUGGACAACAGCGAGCGCCAGUGAGAGCCGCGCAUGGAUUCUUUUCCUGUGACAUCAAAUCCCAAGAGUUCCUAGAGGGAGAGGGACGAUGCAAGCGUUUUGAAUGAACGCCUCUUUCAUU